GAAGGGGAGAUGUGUUGGAUUGGCAUCUCGGCCAGCUAGGAUGUUGAGGGAUCGAAGCUUUCUCUGAAAGGGAAAGCAGAAGCGAGUGAGAGAGGUGCGGUGCAGUGCAGUCAAAGCUGGCAUUUUUUUUUUCUUUCAUUUGCCAUUAUAUUCUCCCUGCCCUGCCCAUCCCCGUUUUCCUCCCACCCAUUCAAACCGAGAGAAAAGCUUACAAAAUACGCCAGGCGAGAUAGAUUUGGGAGAGGUAAAACAGGAUCCGUAUAUAACCACCUCUCUCCUCCUGCCUUCUUCCCUUGCCUUGCCAUUUCCCUCGUCUCCUACCUCCGUCUCUCCUCCGAGGUGGUCUUGUCCAGCGUCCCUGCUCCUUGGGGAUCGAUCUGAGCUUCUGUUGGGUUGCGCCGAUUGAUGCGGUGGACGCAAUGGCGGUGUCCUCGCCUUCUGCUGCUCCGGAGAAGAAGAGGAAGUGGCUCCUCAGCAGCAACAGGAAGGUGAUCGACAGGUACCUUCGGGAGGCGCGGGCGAUUCUCACGGCGGCGCCAGAGUCCGGCGGCGGGGACGCUGUGGCGGCGCUGGGCCUCGUCGACACGGCGCUUGAGCUCUCGCCGCGGAUGGAAGCCGCCCUGGAGCUGCGGGCGCGCGCGCUCCUCUCCCUGCGGCGGUACCGCGAGGUCGCCGAGAUGCUCCGCGACUACAUCCCAAGCUGCGGCAAAUCAUGCUCGGGCGAGGACACUUCGUCCUCGUCCUCCUUGUCCUCCAGCUCCGGCGACCUCGGCACGACCUCCCGUGCCAAGCUCCUCUCGCCCGACCGCCACCGCUCCGACGCGGCCGAGACGGACACCGGCACCGCUCGCUCCUUCCGUUGCUUCGACGUGUCCGAGCUCAAGCGCCGCGUCCUGGCAGGCCUCUCCAAGAACCCCAACACGGACACGCAAUGGAGGUACUUGGUCCUGGGCCAGGCCUGCUUCCACCUGGGCCUCAUCGAGGACGCCAUGGUGCUGCUACAGACCGGCCGCCGCCUCGCCUCGGCCGCCUUCCGCCGCGAGAGCGUCUGCUGGUCGGAGGAUAGCUUCUCGUCCUCUGCCGCGGCCAUGGCUGCUGCCACGGUGUCGUCUUCCAAGUCCGGGUCCGCGGCCGCGUUCAUCAUACCGGCCGUGGAGUCAGAGGCCGUGACGCAGCUCCUCGCUCACGUCAAGCUCCUGCUCCGCCGCCGCACGGCCGCCAUGGCCGCGCUCGACGCGGGCCUCCCCGCGGAGGCCGUCCGCCAUUUCUCCAAGAUACUCGAGGCGCGCCGCGGCGUGCUCCCGCACACCUUCGCCGCGGCCUGCCUCGUCGGCCGCGCCGCUUCGUUCCAGGCCGGUGGCCGCCGGGCGGACGCCAUCGCGGAUUGCAACCGCGCGCUCGCUCUCGACCCCGCCUACAUCCCGGCGCUGCGCGCCCGUGCCGACCUUCUUCAGUCCGUGGGCGCGCUUGGGGACUCCCUCCGUGACCUCGACCACCUCAAGCUUCUGUACGACGCCGCGCUCCGUGACGGCAAGCUUCCGGGCCCUCGAUGGCGGCCGCAGGGCGGUGUGCGCUACGGCGAGAUCGCGGGCGCCCACCGCAAGCUGAUCGCCCGCAUCCAGGGGCUCCGAACCCGUGUCGCCGGUGGCGAGGCGUCUAACAUCGAUUACUAUGCGCUACUGGGCGUGCGGCGCGGGUGCACGCGUUCGGAGCUGGAGCGCGCGCACCUCCUCCUAUCGCUCAAGCUCAAGCCCGACCGUGCCGUGGUGUUCGGGGAACGGCUGGAGCUCGUCGACGAGCACCGCGACCUGGAAGCCGUGCGCGACCAGGCCCGCUUGUCGGCUCUGCUCUUGUACAGGAUGCUGCAGAAGGGGUACUCCUUCAUCAUGUCAGCCGUGAUUGACGAGGAGGCCGCCGAAAGACAGAGGGCCAAGGAAGCCGCGGCUGCGCUAGCCGCCGCAGCGGCGUUGGCCAAGCCAGAGCCGGCGGCGCCACCGAUCAUGCUGGAGAGGCCCGGAGCUCCCGUCACAAACUGCAGCACUGUGCAGACGUCGAAACCAAAGGCGCCUAAAGCUGCUGCUGCGACGGUGCCAACGUUGUCCAAGACUGCGGCGCCGGCUGCGACGACGACGGCGGCGAGUGCGGCGCCGGUUUAUCAAGGGGUGUUCUGCCGCGACCUGGCGGUGGUGGGGACCUUGCUGUCCCGCGGCGGGUUCGACCGCUCCCUCCCGGUGAAAUGUGAGGCGAUGAGCUGCUGAUCAAUUGGUUCCAGACUUUCAGCCAUGGAUGGCAUGGACCGGACGGUGACGCAGGUGCGAUCUGAUGAAGGUGGUGUACGGACCACCGGGACGGAUGGGGAACAGAAGAUCCAGGGAGUUGGCGGGAAAAAAGUAGACGCGUUUGAAUUAUUCCACAGAACUCGCUAUUGUACAGUUUGUGAAUGAAGAAGAAAAUGAGGGCAAAACGAGAGUGAUUCUUGUUGAAGAGGUUUCUGGACUGGAGGAGAGAGGACUGGAUGUGAAAGGGAAAUUUUUUGGUUGCAUCUUCUUCAAUGCGAGUCGUUACAGUACAGUGUACUAGUUUUUCCUCUAGCUCUCCUCUCCCCUUCCUGUUGUCGCUGCUCAACUUGGUACGACUCCUCGAGUACUUAUCAUGCACAGUACAGCCUUUCAAUAGGACUUUCUUUUCUUCACCUCAUCAUUCCGGUUUCUGCUGCUA